GCGCCAUUUCAAAAUGUCUAUUACAGACGCCUAUUUUGACAGCUCUCAUCGAUUAAUCAAGUCAGAAAUUAUCGCCGAAAAGUAUUUAUCAAGCAAAUCAAUUUUUUUUUUCUGUAACGUAAUCGAUUUUCUUCGAUUAAUAAUUGGUCGAUUCAAUAACAUUUUAUGGAAUUAAAUUCUACCGUUAAUAAAACUCAAUUCGAGUUGGAAAUAAAUAUGAUGAACGAACUGGAUAAUAGAAGACGUUCAAGAAAAGCAUCGAAAGCUGAUAACAUCAAGCUGAUGCGUGCCAUGAAUUAUACCAAAGUUUUGACACCAAAAAACAUGAAAUCUGAAGUUUGGGGUUAUUUUGGCUUUCCCGGCAAUGAAAAUAACGAUAUUGUUACCAAAAAUGUUUUAAUUUGCACAAUUUGUUACGUUAUGUUCAGAAAUAACAGAAAUACGACAAAUUUAAGGAUGCAUUUGGAAAGAGUGCAUAAAGUGGAUCUUGGCUUAUCUAGAAAUAAUCCCAAAAGCACCGAUUCAUUUGAAAACAAUGAUUCUGAACUUUACCCAGCUUCACCAUCAUCUUUAUCUCCUAAAUCAAAACAAUCAAAACCAAAAAUGAAAAUAUACCGAGCCAAUGAUUUACCAGAUUAUAAAAGUGAAGGAACUUUCGAUCCAUUGAUGGAAAAUUCAAUGGAUGUCGAUAAUUCUCCCAUAUUUCCAGAUCAUGACAAUACUUUUCCAGUUAUACCGAAAAAGGAAAUUACUGAGCCAAUCCGACAUUCCUUACAGCCCUCCGAUUUGAUAGAGGAAUCCACAUGUAUAUUGGAAUUAGGAAGAAAUAUAAAAGAAAAGCCAUUAGGAAUUAUUACAUUACUGAGAAAUAUGAUUAUCACAGAUCUGAUGCCCCCGUGUAGCAUAGAAAAUGAAGGUUUUCGUAGGUUAAUUCAAAAUUUAACAAAAUCUAGCAUACCCACAAGAAAUGAUAUUGAAAACGAAAUUCGAUCUCUAUACGAAACAAAAUUAAAAGAUUUAAUUUUUGAACUCAAAUAUAUAACAAAUAAAAAUCCGUAUUCUUUGAGCUAUGAAAUAUGGGAAAGUGUCGAAAACACAGUUUUUAUAACAUUUUACGUUCAUUACUUAACAUUGAAUGGUACAAAAGAAACGUUGAAGGAAGUCCUGUUUAAAACUUUAAAAUUAACAAAUUACACAAAUUUUGACGAACUCUUUGAACAUAUAAAUUUGAAAAAUUGUGCUGGAAUUAUAGCUGCUUACAGCACUGAUUCAAUUGAAGUUUUCUUUUCGAAAAAAAAAAUUCCGAUUUUGCCAUGCUUUGAAUGUAUUGUGAAAAAUGCAAUAAAUAAAGUUCUCAGUUUGCCAAGUGUAGAAAAUGUCUAUGCCGAAAUCAAGGAAACAUUGCAGGAUUUUUUAACUAAUCACGAAAUAGAAACUCCUUGCGAAAAUCGAAAUAUGACAUGGGCUAAAUAUAAUAUAAUAAAAUUUUUUGUUGAAAAUGUAGUUUGGCCAGAUGAUCCCAACAAUGAAUUACUUCCUAAAGCUAAAAAUAUACUUGAUAUUAUAUCGCCCUUAAAAAUAACUAUAGAUUCUUUGGCAGAAGAACCCGAUGCACUUAAUUCUGUCUCAAAGCCUUUGGCAAUGCAAUUAGUCGACAACCAUUUUCGUGCAAAUGAUGAUGAUACACAAAUAGCAGCUGAAAUUAAAGAAAUCGUAUAUGUCGAAUUGGCAAACAAUAUUUUAUCAAAUGAAAUGUUUACUGUGACAGCGUUUUUGGAUCCUAGAUUUCGACAAUAUCUCGGAGAAGAUGCUUAUCCCACUGCAAAACACUAUCUUUUGGAUAAAGCCAAAGAACUUAAUAUAGUUUCAUGUGCAGAUAAAAAUAAUGAUACAAACACUAAUGAGAGUGUCAAUCAAGAUGAUUUAAAUAGUUCCCAGAAAAAAGGCUUAAAACAACUUUUUGUAAAAAAGGAUUUACUAGUUAAAACUAAUGUUGUUACAAACGAAAGUUUUGAAAAUGAUUUAAAAAAAUAUUCACUUAAUGCCAGUGCUGAUUUGGAUGAAUCACCUUUAGAAUGGUGGAAUCGUUAUGGGUAUUCUUAUGGAAAUUUAAAAAAGGUUGCCAAUAUUUACAAUUCGAUGCCUUGUUUAUGCAACAAAGUUUCAUUAAAGUCUAUUGAAAAACAGAUUGAAUUUGAAGAUAAAAAAUUGAAUUUAAGAGGAAAUUUAAUUAAUGAGAUUUUGUUUUUGAAUUAUAACUAUGAUGCUGGAAAUUUCUCAUAA